AUUCUCUGUCAUCCCUAAUUUGCGCGGCAUAGUUUUAGUCCAAUUGCAAUUUAUACAUAAUUUCAAGCAAACAUGCGGAAUCAGGACGAACUGAGUCAGGGCGCCAAGCAGAGAUUUGUAGAGACAGCUGCCAGGGCCAAGAAUCCCCUGGAAUCUCUUAGCUACCAAAGCUACAAGGCCCCCAGCGGAGAGGAAUUUAAACUCCUCUGCCGAGCGAAGUCGGAUGCGGACUCCAAACUGCUGAAAUGGGCUUUCAAGCUGGCGGAGACGAACGUGGGACCCUACUACAAACAACUCAAGAUGGGCUGGCAACCCAAGAUCAAGGCCGCCGAGCUGAACAAGAAUUGGGCUCGCUACUUGGUGGCCCAGAACGAAAAGAAGGAGAACGUGGCCUACGCGAUGUUUCGCUUCGACAUGGAUCACGGAGAUUGUGUCCUGUAUUGCUACGAAAUGCAAGUGGCUGCAGAGCAUCGAAGAAAAGGCCUGGGCAAGUUCAUCAUGAGCACCCUGGAGGAUUGCGCUCGCCUGUGGCACCUGGAAAAGGUUAUGCUGACCGUGCUGAACAACAACGAAGCCUCCAUUUCCUUCUUCAAGCAACUGGGCUACGUCAAGGACGAGAUCUCGCCGGAUGUCCUGGAACAGGCCGACUACCAAAUCUUCAGCAAAUCGAUGCUGAGCUGAGUAUUUAUUGGACAACGGAGAUUAUAGACAUUUAGCAACUAGUA